CCAAGCGCAGCUGUUCUGACUCACGAAUGGAUAGUACACAGCAGACGAUCUUUUAUCGUAAAGUGUGAGACAUACACAAAUGGAAUUCCCUCAGCGUGAUUCCGCUGUUAAUUUAAGUACUGCAAAACUGCUUCUGUCAUGGAUUUUACAACAAAUGUGUGCUUGUGUGUGAGUCUUUAGAUAAAGUAACUUUUGGGAAAAAUUAGGCAGACGUUUCAUCAAAAAGUAAACACUCCCAGCUGGCUAUCUUCCUUUACUCGAUGUUCACGUUUCUCGUACAAUGCACCGGUGUAUAAAAAGGAAAGCGGCGAAACUUCCGAUAAGAAGAUAAGAGCGAAAAAGUUAAAAUGGCAGUGGUGUAGGUGACUUGGUUCAAAGGAAAGGAAGCCACCUUCCCCAGUUCCUGCUAAAGAAUGCUGAAUAAUCUUUCCAAGUUUCUUUAUAAAUAUAAAUGGCAGCUGUAACGAAACCGAAAGAAUUUCAUUUGAGGUCUACGACGGGUAACUAACUAAACGGACAUUUGACACGAUGAUGUCAUCAGACAACAAGGACGCCAAAAUGGCGAUCAACGGUCCGGUGUUCUUCCUUAUUCAACAGCAAGCCAAGUCCACCGUUGCCAUUCAGGCUCUUCAGUCUCGAAUGGCAGUCCUUGAAAGCAUACAGGAACGGCUGAUGCGAGCCAUAGAUGAUGUCCAUCAACAUCUAGCGCCGUCCAAAGACGCGAAGAACUGUACAAACCUUCUCAAGAACCCUAAUUCUAUUAUUCAUGCCAAACUAUCACCUGAAAACAAUUCUGCGAGUGAUAAAAAGCUUAAGUUCGUGGACACGGAAACUUCAAAUUCCAGGUCAGAUACCUCUAAGGCUGAAUUGUCCAAGAGUGAUAGUUUUAACAAAGAUAGUGGAAUUGGUGCCAGUGAGAGCAGCCUUGUAAACACAGACCCCUCAAAAGACACUGAAGAUGAAGAUGAACUUUUGCAAUUGCUCGAAAUAAUCGACCAAAAAAGCUUGGUAUUACUCCAACAAGUGGAAGGAGCCGAGUCAUCCGAAAAAGCCAAAUUAAUUCCCGAAAUGGAUGAACAAUCCAGUGCCAUGUUGCUGGACAACCUUUUGUUUGAAAAAGUUGACACCCAGAGGCAAUUAUCAGAAGUAAAAGCCGAGAGAGAUGAAUUAAGACGGCGACUUGUGAAACUAGAACUUGCUACAGAAGCGGUCACAAAAGAGAAAGUUAGAGUCCAGCAGCAACUCGAUGCGACGCUCUUGGAAAACCAGAAACUUCAGGAGAAAAUACAAAAUACAGGUGAAUCGAAGUUCAAGACAGAGUCAAUAGGAUAUCUUGCGGAUAUAGAGAGAGCGAAUAUUAAACGGAAGUAUUUGCAGUAUAGUGAAAAAAGUCGAAGAAAAGUAUCUAGUAUACUAAAAGAAACAAAUGUGUUGGAAUUACAAAAACAGCUUUUAACUUAUGUGAUGGAAAACGAUGUUCUUAGAGCAAAACUUCAGCAAGAUGAACCAUCUAGAAUGGCUAAUUGGCUAAAGAUAGAAUCUCGGCUAAGAAAAGAACUCAAAGAAGCUUUAGAUUCGAAGCAGAAUCUCCAAGAAAAGCUUCAAGCCAAAGACUUAGAAAUAGCAUCACUUAAAGACCGUAUCCGUGCGUUAGAAGAAUUAGUGGAAAGUGACUCUUGUGUGAAAAACUUCGGCAUGGGUAGUACAGAGGACUGGAGAGAACCAGGUGUUGCGAAUGUUUACAAUAAACGUUCCAAUUUAAAUACUGUGUCUCCGUUUUCACCAUUAGGCUAUGGAGAUUUUUCAAAGACUCAAAGUCUCCCCGCCAUGCUUUUAUUGGAAUCCCAACAAGCCAAACUGAAGGAGCAAGAAAGCGAACGAGAAGCUUUUGGUCAUGUUUUCGAUACAGGCAGCUUUACAGAAAUCCCACUUGAUCAGAGCUUCCAAUCUGAAAAAAAUGCAAACAAUUUCAGCCAACACAUCGACAAUACGAAAGAUCUUGUCGAUCUUUCAUCUCCUAUCGGACCAAACUAUUCUUCAACUUCAACUUUAAUGCAACCGCAGUACCUGUACCAGCCAACAUUACAUUCCGGUUUGUCUGCCCCAAACUUGAGCGUGCGAGGCAGUAACAGUCAUCUUCAGAAUUGGGGUUUUGCUCCACGAAAAUCAACCACUGUUACCUUAGAUAAUGGGGACAAUGAAGGAGGUGCCAAAUUGGUGAAUGGUCACCUUUGUUGGAAAGGAGGCAGCAGGCUUCCAAUUCCAAAUGGUCAUUUGACGACCUCUCGAGAUAUGUCGAGUAUCUGCACUGAAUUUGAUCCACUCAGUGACGAUUCUCCUUCAUGUGAGAACUUUGUGGAUUCUUUGAAUUUAUCCAUUCCAUUAAAGCCAACUCAGGUAGCUAUAUCACAGCUGUCUUCAAUUGGAGACAGUCUGCAUAGUACCAGCUUGGAUUUAGGGUGCAAUUCGUCUCCUGUUCCACCCCACGAUAACAGGAAGAUUCAUAAUGCUAGAUCGGUGGAUGGAAUUCGUGAACUUUUAUUAGAAAAUGGCUACUGUAAAAGGCCGUCCUCUUCUCUUUAUGGAAACUCUAGUGUUGCACCAGUUAUUCUUGGUAAAUCUGGAUGUCACAGGCCUGUUAAUUUAAUGAACUGUAUGCAUGAAUCUUCUGAUUAUUCCUUGUUGUGAUAAUUUUAUUUGUAUUAUGCAAUAGAAAGUGAUUUUUUAAAGCUGGCUUUUUCUUGUGGACCAGACUAUGAAGCUUAAAAUAUUAUGUAAUAAAAUAUUUUAUAUUAA